GAUAUCUCAAUAGCCCACAUAUAGUGGUCGCUUCAAGCAUGGGUAACUGGGUGGUGAAUGAGGGAGUUUCCAUCUUUGUAAUUCUGGUAUGGCUUGGAAUAAAUGGUUUCCUCUUCGUGCAUUAUUAUUUUGUGUACGAGGAUGGCCAAUCAUAUUUUUACACAAGGGAACUUGUUGGUUCUGCUCUGGCAUGGGCCAGAGCACCCGCUGCGUGUUUGAACUUUAACUGUUUGCUGAUCUUGCUGCCAGUGUGUCGAAAUCUGUUGUCACUCUUGAGAGGAUCAUGUGGGUGUUGCAGAGGAAUUCUCAGAAGACAGCUGGACAGAAACAUCGCCUUCCACAAGCUAUUGGCUUAUAUGAUUGCAUUGCAUACAGUCAUUCAUAUUGUAGCACAUUUAUUCAACUUUGAGCGAUUUAUGAAUAGUCAGCUGGGUGAGAACGGACCCCUUAACGAUGCUUUGUCUCAAGUGGGAAAUGAGAAUGAUAAAGCCAGAGCAUUUCUGAAUCCAAUUCAAACCCGUGCAACGAAUCCUACAAGAGUGGCAUUCACAACUCUGGCUGGUCUAACUGGGGUUGCCAGCACUCUAGCUCUGAUACUGAUAAUAACUUCAUCGACAGAAAUAAUCAGGAGGUCUUAUUUUGAGGUCUUCUGGUACAUUCACCACCUUUUUGUGAUUUUUUUUGCCGGGCUUGUUAUCCAUGGAGCUGGCCAAAUUGUACGUGGACAAACAGCCCAAAGUGUGAAAAAUCACAACGCAACCUUUUGCAAAGACAAAUUCGAUGACUGGGGCAACUAUCCUAAAUGCCCUUAUCCUGAGUUUACAGGGAGUUCCCCAAAGACCUGGAGAUGGGUGGUCGGCCCAAUGAUUUUAUAUGUCUGUGAGAGAUUGGUCCGAUUGUGGCGUUCCCACCAGAAGGUUGUCAUUACCAAGGUUGUUACUCAUCCUUCCAAAGUGAUUGAGCUACAAAUGAAGAAGCGAGGGUUUAAGAUGGAAGUUGGCCAGUAUAUUUCUGUUCAGUGCUCAAAGAUUUCAAGGCUGGAGUGGCACCCUUUCACAUUGACCUCUGCCCCUGAGGAAGAUCACUUCAGUAUUCAUGUGCGAAUAAUGGGAGACUGGACCGAUAGUCUGUUCAAAGUUUGUGGUGGAGAUCAGACAGAAUUCCAGGAAGCAUGGAAACUCCCCAGGAUUGCAGUGGAUGGUCCUUUCGGUACAGCAAGUGAGGAUGUCUUUCUGUAUGAAACUGUUGUGCUGGUUGGUGCUGGAAUUGGGGUCACUCCAUUUGCGUCUAUUCUCAAAUCAAUCUGGUACAAGUACACCCACUCUAAUCCAAAUCUAAAGCUUAAGAAGAUCUUCUUUUACUGGCUCUGCCGAGAAACCAGCGCCUUUGAAUGGUUCACUGACCUGCUCCAGUCACUCGAGUCACAAAUGCAGGAAGGAGGCAACGCUAAUUUUCUGACUUAUAAUAUCCAUCUGACUGGAUGGGAUGAAAAACAGGCCACUCACUUUGCCAUGCAUCACGAAGAACAAACCGACGUCAUUACUGGACUCAAACAAAAGACAUUUUAUGGGAGACCAAACUGGGACCAUGAAUUUAAAGACAUAGCAACCAACUAUCCAAACUCCAAUGUGGGAGUCUUCCUCUGUGGACCACAAGCUCUGGCUAAAACCCUGAACAAAAUGUGCAUCGAUCACUCAUCUGCUGACCCAAGAGGAGUGCACUUUAUAUUCAACAAGGAAAACUUUUGAAUGCUGUUACUGUCACUUUCAUUUAGUUUCAGUAUUUUUUACUUUUUCUACAGUAUGACAAAUUUAUAAAACACCAACACAUUUGUCAGGUUGAGAUUAUUUCUGCUUUUAACCCUACCUACUUCUGGCCUCCUAAGAGGAGGAGAGAAUACAUCAGCAACUCAUCCAUUGGCCUCCACGGUCAGUGACAAUAGAAAUGUCCUUGCUGCAUUAAUGGAUACUGUGAUAGGAUCUGAACUGCCCAGCUUCCCAGAGGGCAUAUACAAAAAUCUAAUAUUGCCACCCAACCAUCUCCAGUUCUAGACUAUGUGAGGUUGCAUAGCUGCAGGCCAUUGCACACAAAAUCUAAGAGUGCAAUCUAAUGAACACAGCACUAAAAAUGAAGAUCCUGUCCUCAUUCAAUACAUAUCGGCAAAAUUAUAGAUUAUGCUCAGGUAUUUAAAAAUUAAUGAGAAUUCAGUUUGGUUCUAUUAGUCCAUUUCUAUUGUAAAGGAUGUUUCCUCUUAAAUGUUUCCCUUUUAAAUAAUUAUGCUAAUGCUCGAUUAAUAAACCUGUUUCUUUACUGAAUGGGUUCACACAGCACUUGCAUGUGUUGCACUGUGAGAUGAGGUAUCAGCUUUUCCAUAAACCUUAUCCAUUCUAAGUAGUGUAAUACUUAUUGAUGAUUUAACAAAUCUGUAUUUCAAUAAAUUAUUCUGCCACCAUGUUAAAAGUCUGAAUAUUUCACUCCAAUGCUCAUGGCCUUCAGCUGCAAGAGGAAACUAUACAUUUUGAAUAUUCAGUGUAAUCAUUUUUUUUAAUAACAGUAUUUCAACAA